UUAAAUAUUCCAUUAACCAAUAACAAGUUCACAACCCAUUUGUUGUUUCCAGACCAUUCUAACCUCUUCCUCUUUAAAUCUAUCUCCCACUUUUAAAUACACCAAAGGGAAAAACAGAUUGAUCAAAGGAUCACUCUCCUUCCUUUCUCUCAUCAAUCAUGGCUUUCAGAACACAGAGCUGCUGGAGAUCUCUGUACCGAUCGUUCACGACUUCAACAGGUUCAAAAACGAAAUCCUACGGGCCAGUUGUGGAUUCGGGUGAAACCCACAGGGCGAAAAAGAAGGGUCUGAAGGGGGACUUUGUGCCGGUUUAUGUGGUACUGGGUAUGAUAGGGGUUUCGGUUUCGCUUGGGUUGUACACGGCGACCCACCAGCUGAAGCAUUCCCCGAAUGUUUUGGUGAGUAAGAAGAAGAGGGAGAUGUUACCGGAGCUGGAAGAUCCGGAUCAUGUGGUGGAGGAAGCUGAUAAAUUCCUCGAUAAGUCUUUAUUCAGGAAGGUCGCUCAUAUCCAGGACUCCGAUCGGGUUCAGGUGACACCCGAUCCAAUACGGGGCGACACAUAUUCACGUCCUCGCAAAGUGGAAACUUUGAAGACUAUUGGUGCGGAAGCAAGUCAUCGCUGAUUCUGAUUUGUGGUCACUUUGAUACUAUGGCUGCAUCCUUUGUAAAUAAUAUAUAAAAUAUUACGUAUGCUUGGUAAUUAAUCUUUUUGUUGAGUUCAUACUUCAUACUAUAUUUGUAAUUUUUAUAUGAUAAAUUAGAUGAUGUUUAUCUUCUUAAAUAUAUCAUCACGAUCAUGUCUAUUUCAUU